AUGUCCUCCACUAGAGACGAAGUCGCCAUCAUCGGCGGUGGCAUCGCGGGUAUGGCCCUCGCCCUCGCUUUAGCAUCUCACUCCAUCCCCUCCACAAUCUACGAGAUGCGCCCAGAGACACCACUACCGCACCACGCGGGCGGCGGUAUGAUGCUCUGCCCCAACGCGCUGCGCAUCCUCGACGGGCUGGACCUCUACACGCCGCUGCUGGCGCAGGCGUACCCGUUCGACUACGUCUACUACAAGGAUCGCGACGAGAAGACGGUCGACCGGUACCCGAUGGGCGGCGAGGCGCAGUUCGGGUACCGCGCCGUGCGGGUGUUCCGGCAGGAGCUGGUGGAGCUGCUGGCGGCCACGUGCCGGGAGCGCGGCGUACGGAUCGAGCACAGGAUGCGCUUUGUCAAGGUCGUCGCGGAGACGGAAACGGGCGUCGAGUUCGAGUUUGAGGGCGGCGGGAGGCGGAGCGCGGGUUUGCUCGUGGGCGCGGACGGGAUACACUCCAAGGUGCGGAGAGCGCACGUCGCGCCCGAGGCGAAGCUGGGGUAUGUUGGGCUCGCGGCGCUGACGUUCGCGGUGCCGACGGCGGAGCUGCGCAUCCCAGCGGACAAGGGGUACGAGUUCCCGGUGAGCGUGGCGAGCGCGAACGGGGUGUUUGUGCUGGCGCCGCAGCGGCCGGACGGCGGGGAGAUGCUGGCGGGGACGCAGGUGCCGUUUGACGAGGCGCAGGCCGGGCGCGGACGGGAGGAGCUCCUCGCGGACAAGGAGGGGCUGAAGGCGCGGCUGCGGAGGGAUGAGGAGCGGUGGCCUGGGAUUGAGAUGGAGAAGCUUGGGAGGGACGAGGUCUGGUUCGAAGAGGGCGAGGGCCAGAUGAGGUGGUUGUAUGUUCCCGAGAUUGAGCAACGGGUCGAGAAGUGGGUGAAGGGGAAGAUGGAGUAG